AUGCCGGUUCUACCGCCUCUUCCGCGGCAGCUAAUAGACGGGCUCGCCAAAGCCCCCCUGGUCUCGACAAAAACGAUACAUGGCGAUGCUGCUUCUCUCGUGGUUCGACAGCGCGACUCCGCGACUACCACCUUCGUUGUCAUCCCUGAGACGUACGGCGACCUCCACGAUUCCCUCCAGCCGGGCGCCAUAGUCGGCAUCGUCAUUGCCUCGGUCAUCGGCUUCAUCUUGCUGCUGCUCGUCAUCUACACAAUUUUGGGCUUCGGUCCUGUUUCCUCGCUCGUCCGCACGUCAGAUGUGACCGAGUCCAAGUCAUACGUCUCGCGCAGCAUGCUAAGCUCGCUCCGCAAAAGCGAGAAGCCGAAGAAGAAGGUCCCUUCGACACGCGGCGCUAGGGUGCUCUCGAUGCGCCGUGAACGCACUACGAGGACGUCCAAGCACAGGAGUGAAAGGAGGGGCAAGUCUCCAGUCGUGGUUGAGCCCAUGCGGAAGACGAGAGAGCGGUCGCCGCUGACGACAAUUUCCUCGUCUUCGGGAGGGCGCGGUCCGGCGCCUAGGGAGGAUCCCCUGCCCUCGGACUACGACGAGGAGAACGAGGUGGUUGUCAUUGAAGAAACCACGCCGUCUUCAAGGCGGCACAGCCGGAGAGCCGGUCCGUCAAGGGGCGGAGAGGGCCGGGGAAGGAGAUCGAGCAGCCGGCGAUCCAGUUACAGCGAGUAUGACGACAGGAGAUACCGUCGCUAA